UGAAAUCUAUCCCGACAUCAAGUCCAGACAUUUUUUGUUGUAGAAAACCAAGAAACAAAAAACCAACAACAACAGAGCGGAAAAGAUUAUCACUGCAGUACGCCGGAGCACCACCAUCACCACCGCCAAACAGUUACUGCCUCUUUCAUCGAACGCCUUAUAUUCCUUCUUAAAAGCAUUGUAACGGUUACCACAGCGUUAUGUCUUUCCAGCGGGGAAGAGUUGUAUCAAAUGCUCUCUUCUAUAUAAGCUUUACAAAUUCAUUUUCACAAUCUUGCAAACACCUUACCUACAGUAUCCGCGCUUCAGGGUUGCAAAACUUUGACAUAAAUUCUCUGGUUAAAUUCUCCUAUGGGUGGUGGGAGUCCUCUUCUAGCUAUUAUUUUGUUUUCAUUCUUGCUAAGAAGUGAGUCCUGGGGAUGGUUUUCAUCAUCAAAGGAGCCUCCCUCUAGUGACAGGACUUAUUCCAAUGGAGGCAAUUUUAAAGGUUCUAGUGCCGAGUUCUCCAUUGAGGCCUUCAACGACCAAAAGGGCCUGAAGUUAAUAGAUAAUGCUCAGAAGAAAAUGAUUAGCUCAAACUCUUGUUGGCAAAAUGCAUAUCAACAUCUUUUUGCUGGGUGUUCUGAGAUCUUGGCAGUUGAUGAGAAGAGAUCUAGAUUAGCUUGGCACUUAAGUGAUUGCUUUCAGAGGGAUUCUGGAAGAUCUCCUUUUCCCCACUGUGACUCCAAAGCUUCUAUUGCUUCAUGCUUGAGAACCUUAGAUGAUCUUGCCCAUAAGGUUUACCUUGAAUUCUACCUUGAAACCAACAUCAUUUGUUAUCAGUUGCAGGCAUAUGCAUUCAAACAUGAAACUGAGAGACUUGUGACUGAAUUAAAAAGUUCAGCCCAGUAUGUUGAGGACAAGUUAGAUAACAUCGAAGAGAAAUCAGAACGUCUAUUACAGGGCUCUAAACGGGUUCAUGAUUCUCUUGAUUUAAUUGGUAGCCACACUCAACAAGUAGCUCAGACUGCUAGAAAUCUGGAAGGUCAUAUAGAUUCUGUAUUAAUUCAUUCACAGAAUGUUUUCGAGCAGACUACAAAAAUUGCACUGUCACAAUCACAGUUACAAGAAGGUCAAGAGGAUAUGAAAAGAAGUUUGGAGGAUGGGGUAACAAUGCUCAAAGAAUCAUAUAAUUAUUUGGGAAAAGAAAUUGAAAAGUUAAGGGAUGAAGCCAUUGAGAUAGAGAACGAGGUAAUUAAAGUUGGAGAUGCCAUGUCAUUAAGGAUGAACACCCUGCAAAGCAAAGCUGAAGAUAUUGGGAAUAUGGUUGGGCUUUCCUUAGACAAGCAACAACAGCUUUUAGAUGGGCAAUCCACAGCACUUGAGUCCCUAAACUCAUUGAUUGAGUUUCAAUCCAAAGCACUAGAAGAGAGCAGGAAAACCCUACAAUAUUUUGCAGAAUAUGGGCACAGACAACAUGAAGAGCUUAUUCGGCGUCAGGAACAGAUUCAAGGAUUUCAUGAUCAUUUGAUGGAAAAUUCGAAGUCAAUAUUGUCUUCUCAGGAAUCUUUUGAAUUAAAGCAAGCUUCCAUGUUUGUUGUUUUAGACCGGAUUUUUGCUUUGCAAAAUGCCUUGUUACUUGAAUCAAGAAUGAUCAAAGCUUUCUUCGUUUAUUCCAUAUCAAUAUUUGUCAUCUUCAUGUUGACCAGUACGAAGCAGACAUACAGUAUAAGGCCGUUCCUAUAUAUUGAGCUUUUUGCAACUUUCUUUGUGGAAUUACUCGUUAUUCGUUUAACGAGUGACAACACUGAGCUCCAAACCUGGAUAAUAAAUGUGGCCCGAUUAUUAUUCAUGGUAGCUGCUUCGGUUCAAGUGCUACAUGCCAUUUGCACAUACAAGGACUAUGAAACUUUGAACCAUCAAAUGCUGUUAACUCUAAUUAACAAGGUUAACACCAUGCAAAAACAAAAGGAAUUGUCAUGGGACGUGGAUGCUGAUUACGAGGACUGGUCUGAAUGGGUAGAUGCUGAUUUACCAGAUGAUGUGAAUAGUCUUGAUGAUCCUGAUUACAUACCUUCAGAAGUUGCAGAGAAUUCAAUCACACCUAUGAAAAAUUAUAACCUACGCUCUCGCAAUCUUUACCAUUCCAUACUAAUUUAGAAAAUUAUAAUUGUGUAUUAGUAGGUUUUUAUGUAUUUAACGGUUUUUGCAAUGAUUCUUGUAAAUUUGAGUUAAGAGUUGAUACCAGAGGAAGGAAAGUUGGUUGGGGGCUUGAACAAUUUCGAGAAGUAGUAAACUUAUUGCUGCCUCUGUGCAAGAUAGUUGUCCCAGUGGAAACACAAUAUCAUUAUGUGACCAUUUUGGUAUGUUGCAUGACUGCAUCAGUGAUGUUGUGCAUUCUUCAAGCUAA